CAGGCAGUGCUAGCGGCGGCGGCGACGGCGGCGGGAGGUUCGGUUGUCGCCCGUUGGCCGCGCGGCGCCGCGCUCGGCGGCCGCCAUUGCAGCUUAUUGUCAGUUGCUUUUUAAAGACAGAAAGCUCAUGGUGCAAAUUGUUAUCUCUAGUGCGGGGGCUGGAGGCCUGGCAGAAUGGGUGCUGAUGGAGCUACAGGGGGAGAUCGAGGCUCGCUACAGCACCGGCUUAGCUGGAAACCUCCUGGGAGACCUACAUUACACCACUGAGGGAAUCCCUGUGCUGAUCGUGGGGCAUCAUAUCCUGUAUGGGAAAAUCAUCCACCUGGAGAAACCUUUUGCAGUCCUUGUCAAACACUCUUCUGGGGAACAGGACUGUGAUGAGCUUGGCCGUGAGACCGGCACCCGGUACCUGGUAACAGCACUCAUCAAAAACAAGAUCCUUUUCAAAACCCGCCCCAAGCCCAUUAUCACCAACGUCCCCAAGAAAGUAUGA